UUGGUUUCCCACCGAGCGCGUCAGGUGUGCGUACCUGUUGUGACAGCAGCAUUAGGAACGCGUAGAGGGAACCCCGCGUCCUCGAGUUGGUCGACUCAAACCACAUAGUUAUGGAAAUGAGCUCGCGCUCACGCUAUAGCUAAAGCUAGCUGGAUGUCUGUCAGUCACAGUUGUCAGAAGUUGGCUCGAGGUUCGCGCUAACGUGAGAAACCGUGAGAGCUGUUUACCGAGGGUUGGUGCAGCUGCUGUGAGGGCUCAGCUCGGGUCGGACGCGAGGAUCCGGUCAACCGCCAUGGAUCCGUUUGACAGCAACAACACAGAGCGAGCCGACCUGCCGAGGAACAUGAUCGAGAACAGCAUGUUUGAAGAGGAGCCGGAUGUUGUGGAUCUGGCCAAAGACUCUGCUGCGUUCCCAACGUUUCCUGCUCUGGACCCGGACGAGGUGGCGUUUGAGCCUCGGAGCUCCCGCUUGCUCGUGCGAGGCCUGGGAGAGAACGACAUGGACGACGAUGAGGACUGCGAGUCUUCAGCCCGGCUGCUGGGAAUGUCCUUCAUGAACCGGAGCGCCGCCCACAGAUCCAGCUCCUCUCCUUACGCCAGGCAGGCUCCACCCAGGUCAUGUUCACGACCCUCGACCCGGACCACGGUGGUGUGUGUGCUGUUCCUGCUGAUUGUGGCCGCUAUGAUUAUGGUCAUGUAUUUCUUACCUGGAUGCAACUUUACCAAGACAGGCUGUCCACGGACCAACAAGACCACUCCCCCCGAGCAGGUGUACCCGGUGUCCACGAGCGGUGAACCGUUUCCAUGGGCGCAGCUCCGGCUGCCUCGCAGCAUACAUCCUCUGAGCUAUGACCUCACCCUCGACCCGGACCUCGACAACAUGACCUUCACCGGCCGCGCCGUCAUCAGCAUGUCUGUGCUUCACGACACCAAGCUCAUCGUUCUGCACAGCGCUCGCCUCAACAUCACCAGGGCGACCUUCAAGCUGGAUGACGGCGAGGCCAGAGCGGUGACCGUCCUGGAGUACAAACCCAGACAGCAGAUCGCUGUGAAGUUCUCCGAGGAGCUGAAGACGGGCCAGUCCUGCGUUCUGACCCUGGACUACUCUGCCAACCUCUCGCAUACUUACGACGGUUUCUACAACAGCUCAUACACGGAUGCAGGUGGAGUCAAAAGGGUCUUAGCAGCCACUCAGUUCGAGCCGCUCGCAGCCAGGAAGGCCUUUCCUUGCUUUGAUGAACCGUCUUUCAAAGCCACCUUCCUGAUUCGAAUCAGCAGGAAACCAUCCUACCUGACUCUUUCCAACAUGCCUCAGGCUAAAAGCACACCACUUCUCAACGGCCUCGUUCAAGAUGAGUUUGAAAAGACCAUCGUCAACAUGAGCACCUACCUGGUGGCGUUCAUCGUCGCCAACUUCAUCCCCACCAGCAAACUUGUCUCAGAAACUCGGGUGUCUGUGUACUCUGUGCCUGAUAAGAAGGAGCAGACUCACUAUGCUCUGGACACGGCCUGCAAACUGCUGGAGUUCUACAACGACUUCUUUGAGAUUAGCUACCCCCUCAAAAAACUAGACUUGGUAGCCAUCCCAGACUUCCUGGCCGGAGCCAUGGAGAACUGGGGACUCAUCACGUUCAGAGAGACCAGCCUGCUGGUGGGCGAACACUCCUCUAGUCUGGAAAAACAAGUCGUGGCCUCCGUCGUCGCGCACGAGCUCGCUCACCAGUGGUUCGGAAACCUGGUGACGAUGAGGUGGUGGAACGACUUGUGGCUCAACGAAGGCUUUGCCACGUACAUGCAGUACAUGUCGCUGCACACGGUCUUCCCCCAGCUGGACGUUGGUAAUUUGUUCCUGGCGGUUCGCUUCAGAGCGCUGGACAACGAUGCACUGAACUCCUCCCACGCUGUGUCGAUGGACGUCAAUAAACCAGAACAGGUGGAAGAGAUGUUUGACUCCGUCUCCUAUGAGAAGGGUGCGUCCAUUCUCCUGAUGCUGAAUGCCUCGCUGCCGGGGGAACAACAGUUCAGGAAGGGAAUCAUUCAGUACCUGAAACAGUUCAGUGGAUUAAACACGGACACGAACGACCUCUGGAACAGCCUCACUCAGGUCGAAGUCUCGCCGCAGCACCCGAAUGUGUCGGAGAUGAUGAGCUCGUGGACGUCACAGAAAGGCUUCCCAUUGGUCACCGUGAGCCGUAAGGGAGGUCAGGUGACCCUCACGCAGGAGCACUUCCUGCUCACGUCUGACAACGCCACGCAGGCUUCCAGCUUGUGGAAUAUUCCGGUGACGUACGUAACCGACAACUGUAGUUUGGCCCCUGAGUGCAGACAGGUGUUCAAUCUGAAGAACAAGUCAGGGACCCUGAAGGAGGUGCCAGAGAGCGUGAAGUGGCUGAAGCUGAACUACAGGAACACGGGCUUCUACGUGGUCCACUACGGAGACGAGGGCUGGGCCGCUCUGAUCGCCGCUCUGUCCCGCAACAUCAGCGUCCUCACACCAGAGGACCGCGCCUCGCUCGUACACAACAUCUUUGCUCUUUCCAGACUGGGACGCGUGUCCUUCUCCCAGGUCCUCAACCUGCUGAGUUACAUGUCCAAUGAAACGGAGACUUCUCCUGUGGCGGAGGCCUUGCUGCAGCUCGAUGUCCUCUACUGCCUGCUGGACCAGAGACAAGAGCACAGUGUUGUGGCCCGCAUGAAGUCGUACAUUCUGCAUCAGUUUCGUCCUCUGAUGGACAAACAGACGUGGGAGGAGGAGGAGCAGAGUGUUUCUAAGCAGGAGCUGCGCUCGGCCCUGCUGAACAUGGCCUGUCGUCUGAAUGAAGAGGAGUGCGUCCGGCGAGCCCGAGCCCAGUUCAUCCGGUACGCCGAGUCCAACGGGACCGUACGGAUCCCAGGAGACCUGCAGCAGGUCGUGUUCACUGUGGCCGCUCAGUCGGACGAGGGCUGGGAGGCUCUGCUCGGCAUGUACGCACACGCCACCUACGACGCAGAGAAGAGGAAGAUGCUCCGCGGCCUGGCGUCCACUCAGGACCCGCGGCGCAUCGUGUGGAUCCUGACGGCCGUUCUGAGGGGGGAUCUGAUCCAGACGCAGGAGCUGCCUCUGGUCGUCUCCACCGUGUGUCACGGCUUCGCCGGCUACUUGUUCGUCUGGGACUUCAUCCAAGAGAACUGGGACCGCCUCAUCGAGAAGUUCCCUCUCGGCUCCUUCGCCAUCCAGUCCAUCAUCAAGUCGGCCACCGCUCGGUUCUCCACGCAGGCGCACCUCAACCAGGUUGAGGGUUUCUUCUCCAGUCUGAAGGAGCGCGGCUCUCAGAUGAGGAGCGUGCAGGAAGCUGUGGAAACCAUCCGGCUGAACCAGCGCUGGAUGGACAGGAACCUGCCCACGCUCAAAGAGCGGCUCUGAGGCCGCGCCUCGGCCCCGCCGACACGCGAGAGGGCCGCGUCGCCAUGACGACGACGGCGGCGUGGUCGAACUUGUCACUAUUGUAGGACGCUGUCUCUUCACUCCCUUUUAUCCAGGAGCAGUAAUCAAAGCUGGAGGUGUCGCUCCACCUGGGUGGACACGAUGUCGCUCUACCUGGGUGGGCACGAUGUCGCUCUACCUGGGUGGGCACGAUGUCGCUCUACCUGGGUGGACACGAUGUCGCUCUACCUGGGUGGGCACGAUGUCGCUCUACCUGGGUGGACACGAUGUCGCUCUACCUGGGUGGACACGAUGUCGCUCUACCUGGGUGGGCACGAUGUCGCUCUACCUGGGUGGGCACGAUGUCGCUCUACCUGGGUGGACACGAUGUCGCUCUACCUGGGUGGACACGAUGUCGCUCUACCUGGGUGGACACGGUGUCGCUCUACCUGGGUGGACACGAUGUCGCUCUACCUGGGUGGACACGAUGUCGCUCUACCUGGGUGGACACGAUGUCGCUCUACCUGGGUGGACACGAUGUCGCUCUACCUGGGCGGACACGAUGUCGCUCUACCUGGGACACGAUGUCGCUCUACCUGGGUGGGCACGAUGUCGCUCUACCUGGGUGGGCACGGUGUCGCUCUACCUGGGUGGACACGAUGUCGCUCUACCUGGGACACGAUGUCGCUCUACCUGGGUGGGCACGAUGUCGCUCUACCUGGGUGGACACGGUGUCGCUCUACCUGGGUGGACACGGUGUCGCUCUACCUGGGUGGACACGGUGUCGCUCUACCUGGGUGGACACGGUGUCGCUCUACCUGGGUGGACUCGGUGUCGUGUUUUCUGAGCCCGGUCCUGUGUGUGUUCGCUAGCUCAGGCUGGUUCUGAUUGUGUGUGACAGGAAGUGGUCCGAUGCAAACACACACUCCUCACACGCUCUGCUGCCGACCCGACGCUCCUCCUGCUUCAUCCACACUCCUCUUCCUCAGUCUGCUCUCAGGCACCUAACUAAGUAUGAAGACGUCAACAUGACCGUCUGAGAGUACGCCGACUUCAUCUUCGUCUUCAUCUCAAACGGCUGAUGGAGGCGGAUGCGGCCGUCGGGGAAGUUUUUAAGUAGAAAUUCCCGGUACUUUACAAUCAAACUGACCUUUUUAUCCCAAUGGGACAAAAUAGCUGCCAACUCUAGUUACACAUGCACCUGGAAACAUGUUCUUGACUGGUCAUGAUUUGGUUGGUUGGUUGAUAGCUUAAAAUACCAAAGUUGUGUUUGCAUCAAUUGAAUGUAGUGAAAACCCUUCCCACUGUGGCCAGUAGGUGGCGCACUGCACACCAGUGCAGGUGUAAAGCAACAACCAAAGUGUCUUAGGAAGAGCAGGCGGUCCCUGGAGCCAAAGGUUGUUAUUGUGAUAGCUCAAAGCUACGGUACGGACUCAUUCUUUAACAGUGUUCUUCUAAACCUGUAAUUAUAAUGUAAAUACUCUCCACCCGACAAUGUGUUCUUGCAAGUUUGGAUGUAUUGUUUGAAACAUCUCGACGUGUUGGGACUUCCUUUGUGUCGUGUUUUAAAUGUAACGAGGAAACGUCGUCACGGAGUCGACGGAGCGUCUCGAUCUGCGUCGAGGCGCCCGGGGGGGGGGGUCUCUGCUGAUGGAUGUUGGCUGACGUGCAUAUUGAAGGUGCAUAUUGGGCGUGGGUCAUCUGUCCAGCAUACCUGCAAACUUGUCACCCUUCGGUAAAAUUCACCGUUUUGAACUCAAAAUAGGUCAUCCACGUGAAUCGUGGAGAUCCGAAGUUUUUGGUUUUUUCGGGCCCGCUGCCGUUGAGAUUGCAGUGAGACGCGGAGAAAAGUGUGAAGUGUUGCUCUUCUUCGCAAUAAAACAUCUUUGAUGGACGUGUCGCGUCUCGGCCAAUCAGCGUUCAGAUGUCCACAGCGUUUGGGGGUUCAGGUUAGCUUGAAUGUUAGCCCGCUACAUCUGCUGCUGUCACGCUGCACGGUGUAGCGAUGCUAACAAAGUACCCGUACGUUAAACACGAUGUGAUUUAGCAUAUUUUUAGUAUCGAUACUUCAUUAAGAGCGAUCAGAGCGCACGCGCUGCUCCGUGUCGAGCUGUCUGCGCACACUGCGCUGCGCAGCUCACAGCCAGAGAAGAGGCGGAGCUUAGAGACUACGGCUUAACAAAUACAAAGAUGCCAGAAGUGAAAUGUUUCAGUCUGUAAAGUUGUGUAACUCUACAGCUGCUCAUCCUGAUGAACUGUGGAUCAUCUGGUCAGAGACUAACGGCCUCAUAGUGAUCAUCAAUGCUAUGAUGGAACCAUGUAGUUUCAUUCAUAUCUGGCUGUAUUAAUACUCAUAUUACUGUCAUUUGUUAAGUGUUGAAAAAGUUGGUAAAAAGUGAACCAUACAAAUGUUUUAUUUAUUGCUAUUAUAGAUAAAUAUACCAGUCUCGUAUUUAUGGUACCAUAUUGUUUUUAUGGUAUUGUAUUGAAUUCUGGUAUCGGGUAUCAUGAUAUUUAUGGCAGGUAUGUAAUAUGUAUAGAAGUUAUAAUAUGAGUAUCGUGACAAACAGGUAGAGACAGAACAGAUUCAGGGAAAAGUCCAUGAGGACUGUUCAGGGAAAAAAAGGAAGUUGGUUCAUGAAUGACUUUAACCAUAUUAUAUAUAAUGACAAUGUAUAUUUGUUAUUGCUAUCAUUAUAGGGCUGAGUCAAAGCGGAGGAACUUUUGUUCUUAAACUGUUAAUUUUCAUUAUUUAGAUUUGUGGUCAGAACAAUAAAAUGACUGUAGUUAUGGUUCUAAAAGCUUUGAGGCUUCAAACAACGUGACCAAAAAAAAAGAAACGUCACCUGCACCCCCCCCCCCCCCCCCCCGUUGUCACCUUUUUCACCCCUCAUGAGUUUGCAGGUAUGGUCCAGGACGAGUUCAUCAGACAAGAGACGAUGCAGAACGUCCAAUGUUACUCCAAUAUUUUUUUUUUUAGAAAAUGUCUGAAUGUGUUUCCCCACCUUGGUUCUGGGUUUUAUUUCAAGCAGUUGUUCACUCAUCCUGAGCUUUCUGUAAAGAACUUAUUCACUCCAUCGCUGUCAUGUUACAGAUCAUGAAGUAAAUAACUUCUGAAUGUU